AUGAAGACAGAGAGUGUGGCGCAAAACAUUCCGUUCGUCGGCAGAAAGCGAAGUCUGAUCGAAGAUGCCCGGAAAGAGCGCGCCAGCGGGUCAUCUUCCCCUGGCCCAUCGCGGGGCGGUGAAAACUUUGUGUUUGAGGAAAAGGAAGGAACAGUGACACUGAACAUUCUUUUCGCACUCAGCCAUGAGAAGAAUGCAGGGUUCUUUAAAACUGGCAAAGUCUUUGAGACGUUUGAAGCAAAGCUUCUGCAUAUUGAGAGCCGACCAGGGAGGAAGUCUAAGAACAGUGGCUGUGAUGAUCUGGAGUUCUUUAUGAGGUGUGAAGUGCACAUCUCGGACACAGACAUCUUCAUCAACUCACUCAAGAGAGUCGCCGACGACGUACGCACUAUCCCAGAGGAAAAAGUUCCCUGGUUCCCCAGAAAAAUCAGAGAUCUGGAUAAAUGCAACCUGUUGAUAACGAAAUAUGACCCAGAUAUGGACCAGGAUCAUCCAGGAUUCAGUGAUCCAGAAUACAGAAAAAGAAGGUGCUUCAUCGCUGAACUUGCAGCAAAUUACAGACAGGGGGAACCAUUACCCAGAGUGGAGUACACACCAGAGGAGGUGGCCACAUGGAAAGAGGUGUACCGGACCCUGAGGACCAUCUACCCUGACCUGGCAUGCAGACAGUUCCUGGGUGGGCUGCAGCAGCUGGAGAGGGAGUGUGGCUACGGAGAGGACAGUAUCCCCCAGCUCCGGGAGGUCUCUGCCUUCCUCAGAGAGAAGACAGGCUUCCAGCUGCGUCCGGUGGCAGGGCUACUCUCCGCCAGAGACUUCCUAGCUAGCCUGGCCUUCAGAGUGUUCCAGUGUACCCAGUACAUCCGCCACGCCUCCGCACCCAUGCACUCCCCGGAGCCAGAUUGCUGUCAUGAGUUACUCGGCCAUAUUCCUAUGCUUGCAGACAAAGAAUUUGCCCAGUUUUCCCAGGAAAUUGGCCUAGCCUCACUGGGAGCAUCAGACGAGGAUAUUGAGAGACUCUCAACUUUGUACUGGUUCACGGUGGAGUUUGGACUGUGUAAGCAGAAUGGAACUGUGAAGGCAUAUGGUGCCGGCCUCCUGUCCUCAUAUGGAGAACUCAUUUAUGCUCUCUCUAACGAACCUGAGUACAAGCCAUUCAACCCAGAGGAGACAGCAAUCCAGCCUUACCAGGACCAGACUUUCCAACCUGUCUACUUUGUCUCAGAAAGCUUUGAGGAUGCCAAGAUUAAGAUGAGGCGGUACUCGUCGUCCAUCCAACGGCCCUUCUCUGUCCGGUACGACCCAUUCACUUGCAGCCUGGAGGUUCUGGACCAACCCAGUAAGAUCCAGCAUGCCCUAGGUCAGAUGAGAGACGACCUGAAGAUACUCCACAGUGCCCUGGAGAAAUUGAGCUGA